CUCAGUGGUGUCGCCCGCUGCGCGCACAGAUCUGUUAUUGUGCAGCGCUGCAGAACACACAGACACACACAGACACACACAGUGUGUGGGAGCCGCGCUGUCAUCGUCACUCAGGAAACGAGGGCGCUGGGGACGAGCGAGCGAGCGCAGGAUAAAGGCAGUCGGCGGGGAAACAGGACUGAGACGGCCCUCUCGUCUCCGUCUCACAGCCCGUGUCCUCCAUCCUCAAAGGAAGAGGAGAAGAGGAGGACGAGCGCCCUCCCCUCGCUCACAGCACAGCGCUCCGGAAACACAGAGAGAGAAGAGAGAGAGUGUUUUAUUCGUCCCUGCUUCUGCUCCGGUCUUCUCUCGGGAGCGAGCGGCUUGCUCAUGUCCGUCAACUCAGAAAAAUCAUCUUCCCCAGAAAGGCCCGACGCACAGAAGGUUCCGUCCACUCCUCCCCCUCCCCCUCCUCCUCCCCCUCCUCCUCCUCCUCCACCCCCCCCACCCGAGCCCGUGGCCCCGUCGGAGCCGGAGGAGGAGAUUCUGGGCUCUGAUGAUGAAGAGCAGGAGGAUCCGGCCGACUACUGCAAAGGAGGAUACCAUCUGGUCAAGAUCGGGGACCUGUUCAACGGCAGGUACCAUGUGAUCCGCAAGCUGGGCUGGGGCCACUUCUCCACCGUCUGGCUGUGCUGGGACAUCCAAGUGAAGCGUUUUGUUGCAAUGAAGGUUGUGAAGAGUGCACAGCAUUACACAGAAACGGCACUGGAUGAAAUUAAAUUACUCAGAUGUGUGCGUGAGACAGAUCCUGAUGAUCCUAAUAAGGACAUGGUUGUUCAACUCAUAGAUGACUUCAAGAUCUCGGGGGUGAAUGGGAUUCAUGUGUGUAUGGUGUUUGAAGUUCUUGGUCAUCAUUUGCUCAAGUGGAUCAUCAAGUCUAAUUAUCAGGGUUUGCCAUUACCCUGCGUCAAGAGCAUCAUAAGACAGGUUCUGCAGGGGCUGGACUACCUUCACAGUAAGUGUAAGAUCAUCCACACGGACAUCAAGCCGGAGAACAUCCUGAUGUGUGUGGACGAGGCCUUCGUGCGCAGGAUGGCAGUCGAGGCCACCGAGUGGCAGAAAGCAGGAGCGCCUCCUCCCUCAGGAUCCGCCGUCAGCACGGCUCCUCAACUCAAACAGGUGGGGAAGAUUUCCAAAAAUAAGAAGAAGAAGCUGAAGAAGAAGCAGAAGCGUCAAGCAGAGCUGCUGGAGAGACGCAUGCUGGAGAUCGAAGCUCUGGAGCGAGAGGCGGAGAAACAGAGAAUGGGUGGAGCCUCAGACUCCGCCCCCAGCCCCGCCCUGGCGCUGGCAGACAGUGAGGAAGAGGAGGAUGAAGAGGUUGAUGAGGACGAGGAGGCCGAGGGAGAGAAGGAGAGGCCUGUCAGACUCACCAACCACACAUGUGCAGAACCGGAUCAGGACCAGCAGGAAAGUGAGGAGAACGAGGAAGAAGAGUCACCCACACAUACUCCACCCAGACGGCAGGAAGAGCGGGAAAACUCAGGACAACCAGAAGAACAGAAGGGAAAUGAAGAUGCGGGAGAGGAAGAGGAGGAUAAAGCCGAGGAAGAGGAAACAGAAGUCACGCCCACACAGAACACCACAGAUGAGCUGAAGACACAGGAGAGUACGGACCAGGGAGAAACUGAGACGACAGAGAGACAAGAGGACGAGGACGAGGAUGAAGAAGAAUAUGAUGAUGAGGAGGACGAGGAGGAGGACGAGGAGGAGGCAGACGAUGAAGGCCAAGAGCACAAUGACUGCUCUAAGACUAAUGGUCAUGUGAUCAUGUGUGUGCAGGAGCAUGAGUCUCCCAGCAUGCCUCAGUCUUCGCUCCUCUGCCCUCUGGUGGAGUCGGAGAUCAGCACGACCGACCGCGAGACUUCCGAUGCCUCCCACGAGCUUCCCAACGGAGAACCCGGACUCCCCAAUGGAGAACACAGACUCCUCAACACAGAACCCGGACUCCCCAACGGGUCUCGGCACCGGGGCACCACCCCCCGCUUCCCAGAGCUCCCGCUGGACCCCGCGCUCCCCGAGGACGAGGACGAGGCCCGGGCUCUCAGCGGGAAUACUGACCGCAGCAGAACAGUGUCCUCGUCCAGCACUGGGGACACGCCCAGAGCGAGGGUUCGAGCGGCCGAUCUGCUGGUCAAUCCUCUGGAUCCGCGCAACGCAGACGUUCUGAGAGUCAAAAUCGCUGACUUGGGCAAUGCAUGCUGGGUGCACAAGCACUUCACGGAGGACAUCCAGACGAGGCAGUACCGGUCCGUCGAGGUCCUGAUCGGUGCGGGAUACAGCACUCCAGCCGACAUCUGGAGCACAGCCUGCAUGGCGUUCGAGCUCGCCACCGGAGACUAUCUGUUCGAGCCACACUCGGGGGAAGACUACUCUCGGGAUGAAGACCACAUCGCUCUAAUUAUGGAGUUGCUGGGAAAAAUCCCCCGCAAGAUCAUCGCCGCCGGAAAAUACAGCCGUGAGUUCUUCUCAAAGAAAGGUGAACUGCGGCACAUCACGAAACUCAAGCCCUGGACUCUGUUUGAUGUGCUGGUGGAAAAGUACGGCUGGUCAGCCGAGGACGCUGGUCACUUCACACACUUCUUGUUGCCCAUGCUGGAGAUGGUGCCGGAGAAACGGGCCUCUGCUUCAGAGUGCCUCAACCACCCCUGGCUGAACUCGUAGCACUUCUGCCCCUCAGACUCACCCCUGUGGCCACAUCCGGAACUGCAGCCCACUAUCACUAGAGAACCCAGACACUUCAGAGAUACGAGGGUGGGCUUCAACACACACACACACACACACACACACACACAUAGGAGAAACAAGCCUGUCUUUAUACCUGAAGCUUCAUUCACCGUCUUCCUCCACCUCAUUCAACAGAAUUUUACACGCUGAACACAGAAAGUGAGAUCAUUUCACAUUAACUGACAGAUAAAAAAAAAAGACUUUUGACAUUUUAUCUGAUAUUUUUAUGAUUAAACAUUUUAGAUGUUUAAUUUUAAGAAACGGGAGUGUUUUGGUAAGGUUUAUAACUCGUGGAACUCAGUUUGUUCUUGAGGCCUUCAGUGAAACUGAAAUGUCCUAGAAAAACAAUAAUUUACACAAAUGAAUUAAUUCACACAGAGAUUAAUAUAUAGAUAUUGGUCUCAGUGACUGAAUCUGAGAGUUACUGUUACAACAGUGUGUGUGUGUGUGUGUGUGUGUGUGAGAGUUGAUGUGUCUGACAUCCAGGAAGCCCACCUGAGACACUCUGCAUGAAGCCCCGCCUCCUCUCACCCUACCGUCCAAUCAGUUUCUGCAGUGAAGCGGUUUACCUCACACACACACACUGGCUCUGGAAAGAGUUUGUGGAGAGACGCCAGAGACGAACGGAUGGAUGGACAUUUCUGUGUUCAUGCCGUUGAGUUCCUCUUCUGGUUUUAUGUUUAUACUCUGAGCUUUGAUUACCCAAAUCCCGAGGACAACAUUCCUGACUGAUUCUUCUGACUGUCGGCAGGACGGGGGUCUCGGGUUCAUGAGGACGCACUUGUGUUUGUUUGUACGUUUCGUUCAGGGAAUUCAUGUACAGAGAUCCAGCAAACUGUCCAAAAACUCGCAACUGCUUGAGCGCAAGAUAAACACGCAUCGCUGUUUGGAGACGAGCAUCGCGGUCGUCAUAGAGACGAGUGACACGGCGGCAGUCGCCACAGAGACAGGCAUCACGGCGGCGGUGUUCAUGGAGACGGCAUCAUGACGGAGGUCGUCAUGGAGAAGAGCUUUACGGCCCGCGGUCAUCAUGGAGACGAGGGACACGGUGGCGGCUGUCAUGGAGACAGGGAUCAUGGUGCCGGUCGUCAUGGAGACAUGGACAAUGCCGUUGCCUCCCACUGCUCAUCAUCAUCAUCAUCAUCACAGUUAGUCCAGUUGCCUAUUUUCGCAAUAAAGGUAGAUGAUGAAAUAUUUUUAAAAAUAAUUAAAUUCGUUUUAACAGAAAAGAAGUUCUCGAAUGUUGUGACAGUGACAGAGUUAGUCGUAAUAAGGUGAUUGUGUUUGGUCGACUUCCUGUUUUUGUUCGUUUUUAUUGGCUGUCACUUCCUUAAGGAUCAUGUGACAGUCAUGGACUUUAUUGGACGUUUUUGCAAUAAUAGUGAUUAUGAUGAUGAAUUUUUGCAGCGAAAGCCCCUGAUGUGUCUCGCAGCCUCGCUGACUGUUCUUCCCAAAGCCCCUCGUUUUACAUUGAAAGAUUUAAUAAAAUUGUAAAUUAUUGGAUCA